CGAAACAUGGCCUAUAGCUUUUGGAUUUCCAGGCAUAACGGCCUUUUUGCUCUGCUGUAUUUUGCCAUUUUGCCCAGAAAGUCCAAAGGUUUAAGAAUUAUUUCGAAUAAGGAAAAUACUUUUUAGUUUUCACUAUUAAUCAAACAAGAUAGAGUUGCAACAUUAAACGAUAUUGGAAGAUUAGUGGAUGUUCAUGAAGGUCAACAAAUGUAUGAAGAUCUAAUUAGGGAGAAAGCCAAUUCUGAUACCAAUGAGAAUAUAUCCGUCUCCUAUUUAUUCACAAGCAAAGAAUUACGAAUGCCGUUAAUAAUCUGUGUAUGGGUAAUGGUUGCCCAACAAUUUACUGGUGCAGCUGCGAUUUUUGCCUAUUCUACUAAUAUGUUUUUAAAUGCUGGCCUCGAGCCUCAAAUUGCACGCUUCAGCACCCUUGGGAUCAGCAUAAUUUACUUCCUUUUUGCAUGUUCAUCCGUUCACCUUAUAGAGCGAAAGGGACGACGAGUAUUAUCACUUUUCCAGCUGAGUACAGUAACUGCUUCGUUAACGGCUAUGAGCAUAUUUACAUGGGCACAAGCUUAUUAUAACAUAAAGCUGGCUAGUUAUGGUGCAAUUGUCGCAUUGCUUGCUUACAUGUGUGGUUAUGGAAUUGGAAGUCCAAUACCUUGGAUGAUUGCGAGCGAAAUAUUUCCAACUAAAUAUCGUUCAAGUGCUGUUACUAUAGCAAUUUCAGUAGCUUGGAGCCUUGUGUUUAUUAUAUCGCUAGCUUAUUUACCAUUUAAACAGUGGGUCGGCGUUUCCGCAAGUUACCUACCGUUCAUAAUUGUGAGUGCAAUAAGUACCUGUUUUGUCUACUUUCUGUUACCAGAAACUAGAAACAAACAUACAAACGAAAUUGCUCAAGACAUUCAAUUUCGAUCUGACACAAUUCGGCGCUAUUCAUUAAACAUUCUUCCAUCUGUCGGUUCUUCAAUGGGAAUUUCGCCUUCAAAUGAAGCUAGUGAAGAUAUGCGUCAACAUUUGAUACCACGAACAAAAAGUUUCAAUUCUUCAUCAACUCCUCCCUAUAAAUACUCUUCAUUCGCUUUUACACCACCUGGCGAGACAAGUGAAAAUAUUUUGACAAAAUUUUGGGGCCAGAAAAGAUAA